AUGAAAUCACCAUACCUCCUCCUCCCCCUCUUCGCAACCUUUGCCCUCACCAACGCAGACGCAAAUGGCACAGUACCAGAAACCGGCUCAGAGCCCGGCCCAACUCUAAACGCAACAGGAUCAGUCUAUCUCCACGCAACAAACAUGAGCGUCGACCCUAACACAGGCGUUCCUACUCUCUGGCGCGCAAACCUAAAUAUCACCGAAUUUACAGUCUCUCCAGCUAUAGGCGUGAUCACCAACUCAGCAAUCGGCAUCGACUCCCUCGGAGGCUGGGUAGAAAACUCAACUUGGGAUAGUACUGUUAUUUUUUUCUUAAAUGUCGCACGGAAUGCAACAGUUGAUGGACAGAAGGAUAGCGGAGACUGCUAUGCCACGUUAGGAGAGGCGUGUGUAAGACAGUAUACACUAGAUAUUAGUGCUGCGAUACACGCUGCAAAGAUAUCAACUAGGCCUGGUUCGAAUACAACUAGUAUGCCAACUAUCCCGCCGCCGCCUGAGAGCUGCGAGUAUAGACUUUCGAGCGCGAGUAUUGUAAUUCAUUUGGGUUCUAAAUUCGUCGAUGGAGCCGCAUAUGUCAAUAAUCGGUCCCCAGUACACGACGCGAGUAAUACGACAUCUUACCAGGAGGCAACUACACAGAUCUGGCCUAUUGUUCUCGUGCAGAGUGGAAAGUCUGGUAUUAACAAUGCUACCGGGAUUUCGACGUCUCGGAUGAGUUGUUUAAGAGCUAAUGCGACAACGGAGGGGAGUAAGGCUAUUGGGGGAGUGCCUGGUGCUGCGGUACAUAUCAAGGUAUAUACAUGGGCAGUUAUAGGUGUUACGUGUUUAGUUGGGGGAUUGUUGCUAUAA